ACAUUUAACUUCUGGAUAACUAGCGGCAAGCAGUAAAUCAAAAACUUAAAUAAUUCUAUUAACGAGAGUACGGUCGAUCAGCAAUGGAUAAAGAAAAUUUGGAAAAGCCGGAGAAGGAACAAUCCGUGGUGGCCGAAUCCAACACCGACGUAGCACUUGCUUCAGAAGAUAAGAAGAAUGAGGAAGUGCCAGAAAAUAGCAGCGGGACAGUGGCUAGCGGAAGUGGAGCAAAACCUAAACAAUCACCCAUUAAAAAGGUAACCAAGAAACGAAAGCGGCAGAAAAUGCCUAAAGAUGUGAAUGCGCCAAAACAUCCUUUGACUGGCUACGUCCGCUACAUGAACGAGAUCAGAGAGUCGGUGCGGCAGAAGAACCCAAACUUGACGCCAAUCGAAGUUACAAAAAUACUGGCGGAAGAGUGGUCGAAGCUUUCGGAGGAGAAGAAAAAGCCCUACUUGGAAGCGGCCGAAGCGGAUAAGGAGCGAUACAACAAGGAAAUUUCUGAAUAUAAAUUAAGCAAUGAAGCUAAAGCGCAUGCUAAACCGAAUGACACAGCGGCUAGUAAGCCUAACUUGGCUCCAAAGACACCCACUCCUACGGUACCCUAUCUGAAUGGGAAGGUAGAGCAAAAGGUAAUUCGACGAGGAGAUUAUGAUAUUCCCAUCUUCACAGAGGAUUUCCUGGACCAUAACAAAGUGGUCGACUCAGAAUUACGUACACUGCGAAAGUCAAAUAUAGACUACGAGCAGCAAAAUUCAGUUCUAGAAAAGCACGUAGAAAACAUGGAAAAUGGAGUACUCAAGUUGGAGAGUGAGACGAAAAAUCUAGACGAGCGGAAUGCGGUCUUAGAAAAGUAUCUUUUGAAAUUGAGAACUACUUUAGCCAACUCCUUGCAGGCAUUACCUUUAGGUAGCGAGUGUCCAGGAGCAACGACAGAAAAUAUUGAUCAGUAUUUGGCGGAUUUGCAUCAAAUGGCGGACUCCAGCACGCAAGGACAUACAUUGAACAAGGCAAAAGACAUCAUUCGUAAACUAGAUCUCCACAACCUUACACUUUAAGCGAUCUUAGAAUAAGAAUGUCCUAGUCCAAUUGCGAUGCAAUGUUCUGGGCGGAAUAAAGGUGUGUAAUUGGAAGA